AUUAUUAUUUAAUAUGUUAAUUGUCCAAAGAUACAAGUUUUCCAAAACUUUUAAAGUUUGAAACUUUCACGUUAAAAACAAAACGUCUCGUGGAAAAAUUCUAUUCCACACGUUCGACCUAUUUUCACAACAGUUGUUAUAGAACAACUUCUUGCUAAUUAUCGGUCGUGUUCAAGCGUAAGCUCGUUGAUCGAUAAUCAAAAAGUGGAUUUUCUCGAAAACGAAGCGUCACACGAAAAAGAUGCUACUUUUUUUUUUACGAGGGUGAUUUAAGAAGAAAAUAAAAUUGUGGAACAGGUGUGUGCAAAUAUUCCAAUACGAUAACAAACCAUCUUCAUGCGUUGCAAGUCACACCAUUUUCGUGAAUGAACUUUGCGAUCUGUGGUUUCUUAGCGAUUGUUUCCCAUUUACAUUUCGCCGUUGUAAUAAUCCGUACUCGUGUAAUAAAAUAAAUUUUCACGAUAAGGCACAUACGAAUGCUAACGCGCUACUGGAAACGCGCAGUGUCUUCCACGUGUCCCAGUCAGGCAUGCUUUUCAUUAUUCAAGAACAGUAUAGUACUUAUACACAUAUAUGUAUAGGCAGUAUGUCGUGGCAUUUCAAGGAAGAAAGUAAUGAAAUUUUCUGGUCAGUGCGACCCACCGAUCAAACCGAUCAGCAGUAGAUUAUUUCGCAUACGCGUUCAUGCGAGAAAAAGAAGAAAAACGUAGAACACAAUUUUUCCUCAAGCCUUUAAGCCUCGAGUUUAGGCCUCGAGUUUUGAAAAAGAAAAAAGAAAGAAAAAUAAAGAGAAUGGAAUUUAAAGGCGUUACGAUAAGGGAAACGACGAGAUUUGAAAGUCCGUCGUGUCUCGAUUAAAAUAAAAUUUCUCUCUUUAUAUUCGGUAACUGUGCUUUAUCGCUGACUCGGGAUAGUCGUUGAAUCUUUCGUUAUACGAACGAACCUGAAAUUCGAUGCCGAAUUACCUAUGUAGCGCAGGCAAACGAGCGGCCUAGUUGGACGUUGGACGUUCUUAAACGUAAAGUUAUAUAAUCCUAAUAAUUGAAAACGUUAAAAGUAAAAAAACGCAUUAUAAUGGAAACGUCGAUCGACCUUUCUGUCGUUGAUUCGUGGACAAUUUAUGGACAAAUACCAGGGCGAUUGGCACAGCUGCUGACACAAUGUAUUUUGUGAAUCGCAGCGACAAAGUUAGUGGGUAUAUCGACGUGUUGCGCGAUCGAUCAUGUCGCGUAAAAUCAUUACUGACACGAUGGACAAACAGGCGUUGAUAGUUUCCUUUUUUCUCUUCUUUGCUUCAGCCAUCUCUGCCAGCGAUAGGCGUACAACGGAGCUCAGUUGCAGCGGUCGUGCUUAUUACAACGUGACUCUGGCCGCUUAUUAUCCAGUUUUUGAUAGCGACAACGAAUUCGACUAUUUGGACGCUAGAACGAGGAAACUGAGGAAUCUACAGGAUUAUUUGGAUGAUCGUGCGGAAUUUGUGACAGUCUCCAUGGACCUGGAUUCUGGGAUACCAUAUGGCACAAAAUUGUGCAUUCCCGAAUUGAACGAAAAAUUCUUACGGCCAAUUCCGCUUCAGGCUAGAGACAAAAGCCGCUACGACGAUGUUGGCAAGAAUUCGCCCGAUUUCUCUCACGUGGACAUUUGCGUUAGAACGGAGCAAGAUACUUACGAUAAUUCGGUGAAUGGUAUCGUAACGCUUUACGCGGAAUUGCUAGAAAAAUGAUUUCAUGAAAAUUGUGAAGAAUCGACGAGGCACAACGUGCGAGAACUGCGAUGCGAACGUCGUUUACUUCUGUUCGAAAACAUGUACGAUACAGCUAAAAUACUAAAAUAAAUCGAUUAUGCAACGAUGCUUUCCGUCGAAGAAUUAUCAGAUCGACGACCAGUGAGGCCACGUUUGAAUCAGUUGAUAGAGACUGUCGCCUGGACAGGAAGUUGACGUCGUUUGUCGAUGGCCGAGCAACGUAUAGUUCUCUUGUAUUUUCCCAAGCGUUACACCGUACUCGAUCAAAUCCUUGACUGCUUUUAUCGCAGCCGCGCUUGGAUUAUGACC